UCCAAUCCAUUAGAUUAGACGUCAAAUUCCAGCUUACUUGUAGUUCAAAGCCACAUAAUUUUAAUGUAUAGUUGAGAAUUUUCAAAUCUGUAACUUGUACAAUAUUUGUUUUAUAUAUUUUAAUUGAUAUAAACAUAUUUGAAGAUGUACCCCGUUGGCCAACCUCCAGCGGGGGAGACUAGUGCAGGGGCGGUGGGUGUUACGGCUGCUGCUAGCACGCCAGUUGGUACUACUGGUGCAGCACCAGGGGCUCCCAGCGCUGCUCCAACUACUGGUGCACCUCCUACCGGAGUUGCAGCCGGAGCUGGGGGGAUGUCUUUAGUAUCACCAGUUGCUGCUCCACCAGACAUGCCUGACGUACUCACCUGCCCAAGAAGACCUAAUUUAGGUCAUGAAGGAAGACCUAUUAUGCUACGUGCUAACCAUUUUCAAAUAUCAAUGCCAAGAGGAUUUGUUCAUCACUAUGAUGUGAAUAUACAACCAGACAAAUGUCCUAGAAAGGUAAAUAGAGAAAUUGUUGAAACUAUGGUUCAUUGUUAUAAUAAAAUAUUUGGUGCUUUGAAACCAGUGUUUGAUGGUAGGAACAAUCUGUACACCAGAGAUCCGCUCCCCAUUGGUAAUGAUAGAGUUGAAUUGGAAGUAAUUUUGCCUGGUGAAGGUAAAGAUAGAGUGUUCCGAGUGACAAUUAAGUGGGUUGCACAGGUGUCAUUGUUUGCCUUGGAGGAAGCAUUGGAAGGUCGCACCAGACAAAUUCCAUAUGAUGCAAUCCUUGCGUUGGAUGUUGUAAUGAGACAUUUACCAUCCAUGAUGUAUACACCUGUUGGACGUUCAUUUUUCUCAUCUCCAGAGGGAUACUACCACCCACUAGGAGGGGGCCGUGAAGUAUGGUUUGGUUUCCAUCAGUCUGUAAGACCUAGCCAAUGGAAAAUGAUGUUGAAUAUUGAUGUGUCGGCAACUGCAUUUUAUAAAGCUCAACCAGUUAUAGAAUUUAUGUGUGAGGUGUUGGAUAUUCGAGACAUAAAUGACCAAAGGAAGCCAUUGACAGAUUCACAGAGAGUUAAAUUCACAAAGGAAAUCAAAGGCCUAAAGAUCGAAAUUACUCACUGCGGAACAAUGAAAAGAAAAUAUAGAGUAUGUAAUGUCACUAGAAGGCCAGCUCAGAUGCAAUCAUUCCCUCUACAAUUGGAGAAUGGUCAAACAGUUGAAUGUACUGUGGCAAAAUAUUUCCUAGAUAAAUAUAAAAUGAAACUAAGAUACCCACAUUUGCCCUGUUUGCAAGUAGGUCAAGAGCAUAAGCACACCUACUUGCCUCUAGAGGUGUGUAAUAUUGUACCAGGACAGAGGUGUAUAAAGAAACUUACAGACAUGCAGACUUCUACUAUGAUUAAGGCUACAGCUAGAUCAGCACCUGACCGGGAGCGUGAAAUCAACAACUUGGUGCGUCGCGCCAACUUCAAUACCGACUUGUAUGUAAAAGAAUUUGGUCUUACAAUAUCUAACAACAUGAUGGAAGUACGCGGUCGAGUGUUGCCGCCUCCGAAACUACAAUAUGGCGGCCGAGUUUCCUCACUGGGUGGACAACAAGCUUUACCUAAUCAAGGUGUAUGGGACAUGCGCGGUAAACAAUUCUUCAUGGGAGUUGAGAUACGAGUGUGGGCCAUCGCUUGUUUCGCACCACAAAGGACAGUACGUGAGGAUGCACUCAAAAACUUCACCCAGCAGCUGCAAAGGAUAUCAAAUGAUGCAGGAAUGCCUAUAAUCGGCCAGCCUUGCUUCUGCAAGUAUGCAACGGGGCCAGACCAAGUUGAGCCAAUGUUCAAGUAUCUUAAAUCAACCUUUGUACAACUCCAACUUGUUGUUGUUGUAUUGCCUGGCAAGACGCCUGUUUAUGCUGAAGUGAAGCGAGUAGGAGACACAGUACUUGGCAUGGCAACUCAAUGUGUACAAGCGAAAAAUGUCAAUAAAACAUCACCACAGACGCUGAGUAACUUGUGCCUAAAAAUCAAUGUCAAGCUUGGUGGUAUCAACUCCAUCCUUGUACCGUCAAUACGUCCAAAAGUGUUCAACGAGCCGGUGAUAUUCCUCGGCGUGGACGUGACGCACCCGCCGGCCGGCGACAACAAGAAGCCGUCCAUAGCGGCGGUGGUCGGCUCCAUGGACGCGCACCCGUCGCGCUACGCGGCCACCGUGCGCGUGCAGCAGCACAGUGAAAAUGACAGGCAGGAGAUAGUCCAUGAGUUAAGCAGCAUGGUGCAGGAAUUGUUGCUGAUGUUCUACAAGAGCACGGGCGGGUUCAAGCCGCACCGCAUCAUCAUGUACCGCGACGGGAUAUCCGAGGGCCAGUUCAUACAUGUGCUGCAGCACGAGUUGACGGCUGUGAGAGAAGCCUGUAUCAAGCUGGAAGCGGAGUACAAGCCGGGUAUCACGUUCAUAGUGGUACAGAAGCGCCAUCACACGCGGCUGUUCUGCGCGGACAAACGGGAGCAAUCGGGCAAAUCUGGAAACAUCCCGGCCGGUACCACCGUGGACCUGGGCAUCACACACCCUACCGAGUUCGAUUUCUAUUUGUGCAGUCACCAGGGUAUACAGGGCACGUCCCGCCCGUCCCACUACCACGUGCUGUGGGACGACAACCACUUCGGGUCGGACGAGCUGCAGUGCCUCACGUACCAGCUGUGCCACACGUACGUGCGCUGCACCCGCUCCGUGUCCAUCCCCGCGCCGGCGUACUACGCGCACCUUGUCGCUUUCCGAGCUAGGUAUCACUUGGUGGAGAAGGAGCACGACUCGGGCGAGGGCAGCCACCAGUCGGCGUGCAGCGAGGACCGCACGCCGGGCGCCAUGGCGCGCGCCAUCACGGUGCACGCCGUCACCAAGAAGGUCAUGUACUUCGCCUAACGCGCGUUGCCAUGGUUACGGCGCCCGCGUCGUACACUGCGCCUGCACGCGUCGCCAUGGCGACGACUCCCGCGCUCACUUGAUACACGAUUGUCUAUGGGCGGGUCUUUGGCAUUUAUUCACGCUUGACGCCCGCAAUCGUCCAACGCCCCGGUCUUGAAUUUGUAGCAAUAUUUGUUUUGGUUUUGUGAUGAAUCUUUUUAUUCUUCGUUGUGUGCAAUUGGCACUUAAUGUGGAUUUACGUAAAAUCAAGUAUUAAGAUGCAACGAUCGGACGCUUCGCCGUUAAAUACUUUAGAGUUGCGUAUUUGACCCAUUUAUGAAGUAUUUGUAUUUUUGUGUAAUUGAGAUUCGAGAUGAGAAACGGUACAGCUAAAUAUAACUGGAUAAAAUAUUUACUUGACCUAAAAGCUAACAUUCUAACGAAGGUUAAUUAUUCAGCUAUUCCUGGAAAGUCAAAAAUUUUCAUUCAUGCUGCUUUAAUGUCUACUUUUAACGUAAGAAGGUAGCUCUUCAAUGAUGGUUGCUAUCGAUGGCAAUGUAAAUAAAAUCUCUCGAUAUAUCACAUAGAAGUGUCUUUUACUCAUUAAGGUAUUAUGAAUGUUUAAAAUCUUAAAAAUCAUUAGAAACACAAACUUGACAUUUUAUAAAAGCAGUAAUGAUUAGCAGCAAAUACUUUUGAAGUAAAGUGUAUUGGCACAUUGGGUGAAAUCUAUGUACACCUGUACAAAAAAAUGAUGCUCUAGAGAAGUAAGUAAACCAUAAAAAUAUUUACUUGAUUUUUUUUUUCCUAAAUGACAAUAAUAAAGAUUAUUUUAGUAUGAUAAAGACAGCAAAACUGAUUUCAUUGAGUAAUGUUUGGUUAAUUUUAUCAAAAGCUAUUAAUUUUCUCGUUGAAUUUUAAACACUAAUUAUGUUGGAUUAGAAAUGCAUUCUGCAUUUCAUUAUUAUCAUGAUGCCUUAAAUAUUGUGUGUUAGUGUGUUAAUGUAACAUGGAUUGGAAGUCUAGGAAGAUAGUUUUAUUUUUGUAUGAGUUUGCUUACUGUAAUUAAAUUGCGAAUGACUAAAAUAAUUCACUGUGUGUAAUUCUAAACUAAAAUACCGCCUCUCUGGACCACAUCAAUUAUAUUAACAUGUUUAAAAAUAUAUCUUAAAGACAUUAGAUGGUACCACGCCAUUUCGUAGUAACGAUAAAUAUGGAACAUCUUUAAAUAUAACUUCGAUCAUCCAUCGAUUAAAUCUCAUCAUCAAUCAAUCUCAUUUUAAAAUAGUAUGAUACAUGUAAAAUAUGAAAUGCUAUUGCACUAAAACAUGUAAUACAUGAAAAAAUAUACAAACUAAAAUACCAAAUUAAAAAUAUUUAAACCUUUUAAGGAACAACAUUAUCAUAUUUCGUUCGUUUUCCGGUUUCGUAUCAGCCUUUUUAAGACGUCCAUUGUUGGACGGAUUGGAGGCCUCUACCUUUCGUACUUGUUGCCUGCGUUUCUAAAGUUCAAAAAACAAAUUUUGUUUGUUGCUAGUUACAGCAUCUAAUAUUUUAUUUUUGGAAAUAUUAGAAAUAAAAUUAAAUGAACCUGAGAAUA